AUGGGUCAUGUGCGAAAAAGUAGAUUUUCUCCAAAGACGUCUCAAUUACUACAAAUUCUUUUAGUACCUCCUUCUGAUCCGGUCAUCACAGAAUCCCCAUCGCAAGCUGUAACAGCUGGUGAUAGCGUCACAUUCAAGUGCGCGUCAUCUGGUGGAAGUCCUCCUCCAACGAUAAGCUGGACUUUCUUGAACGGUAGCACUGCUGACGAACGAAAUGUGAACACCCUGCUCAAAGGCGCCAAUUCGGAAAGCACUUUACAUUUUCGUGUUCGAUCUGAAGAUAAUGGUGCCUAUGUUGUACUCUUCAAACCUCGUGUGCGAGUUUCCCCCGAUCAAGAUAUAGCGGUCGAAGCUGGUCAUCAUGUUGAUCUCGUCUGCGAUGCGGAUUCUAACCCCUAUCCUCCAAGUUAUGAAUGGAGGCAUUUGGCUCUUGGUGAGGUCUAUGCUGCUUCUAAAUGGACAAUUACCGCUAGUCGGAAUAUGAGCGGCGAUUUUGAAUGUCGCGCAGCCAACAGCGUCGGAGAAGGAAGUGCAAUUCUCACUCUGAAUGUGCAGUAUGCUCCUGUGGUUGUGACCAAGUCGCGAUACAAUCCAAGAGAAGGAGAACGGGUACAGAUUGAAUGCUCUGUAGAUGCGAAUCCUCAGGCGGUGGAUGUGAAAUGGAGUGGCCCUCAAGGGUUUCUUUCUGAUGGCCCACUCCUUGUAUUGAAGAGUGUCUCCAGGGAGCAGACCGGUAAUUAUACGUGCACAGCCACAAAUUAUCUCAGCAUAUAUGGCGAAACAGGCUCACAGACUCGAACUGGAACGGCUACAACGAUAGUUGACGUACAACGACCUCCAGGGCAUGCUGAUAUAUCUCCACCGAGGCUAAAUGUGAACGUUGGUGGAACAAUUACUCUAACAUGUUCCACACAUGAUCCUGGAAGUCCUGCUGGCAGCUUCAAGUGGGCUUCUCCAUCAUCUGGUGGCAUUUUCGGCACAAGAGAGCAUGACCACGCGCAGCUGACUGUCAGAAAUGCUCAACUGGCCGACAACGGCCGGUAUCGCUGUCGUGCCGACAAUAUCCAUGGUGAGGGGAAGGAGGCUGUUGUAGACGUUACUGUAAUUGAACCAGCCUGGAUAUCUCGGCAUUUAACGAAGGAAAGGAUAUUGAAGCUGGAUCAUCCGGCAGGCGGACUGGAAUGUGAGGCGAAGGGAUUCCCUGCACCGAGUUUCCAGUGGUUCAAGGAUGGGGAACCGAUCGACACGAAACGCUACACAAUUGAAAGUGUUAUCGUUAAAUCGAGUUGCUCAUCGGGUGACUACUGUUCACAAACCGUCACCAGCACUUUACUCUUCUCCAAACCCUUGAAAUGGGCAGACAAAGGAAACUACUCAUGUCGAGCAACAAAUGGUGCUGAUCAGAAAACUGUGGACAAUACUUCAUGGACGGUUAUGCGCGUCAAUCAUGGACCUGUCGUUCUGAACCAACGAUUCCCGGAAGAAGGUUUAGCUGCUGCAGAUAUUGGGACCAUGUUGAUUGUGGAUUUGUUACAGGCUCAAUUGCGGUGUAUCAUUUCGGCUCGUCCCGAGCCGAAAUCGGUCACAUGGGUAUAUAAUUCGAUGCCGAUUGAGGAAAACGGCAGAUAUUCCUUCCAAGUUAUCCAGCACUAUAAUCGCGAUGAGUACGAGCAUGUUCUGCAAAUUUCUGACACCACUGAAAGUGACUACGGUCCGUACAUGUGCCGUGUUGCGAAUGGAAUGGAUAAAGCGGAAGUCAUCAUUAAAUUGACACGAACAGGACCUCCACGAGUGCCAAUGAACCUUCGAAAGGCGUCAUCCACUCCGAAUUCCCUAUCCUUAGGCUGGGUUCCAGGAUUUGAUGGCGGAUUUGAACAGAGUUUUAUUGUGGAGUACAGAAAUGUCAAUCCGUUCACUGAAACGUUCGGAAAAGAGGAUGUUUCUACAGUGGAAGUCAAAAAUACGUCCAGAGUGGAGCAUAUUGAGGAUGACGGAACGGCGUCAUGGUACUUGAGCUUCAACCUUACCGGUCUUAGUCCUCUUUCCUCUUACUAUCUACGACUUCGAGCGAAAAACAAGAAGGGAUUUUCCGAGUUCUCACCAUUAGUGAUUGCGACCACAAAUGACGUGGACGAGGAUCCCAAUAUGCUCGCUCCUUCACUUCUCAGUUUUGAUCUGAUGAGAAAGUCUAUUGUGGUUGAG